CGUGUCACAAUUGAAUGUAAAGCAGAGAGGGAGAACUGCUGAGCUAUAGCCAAAAUCAGUCCAAAGACGAAUCCACAAGUAAUAAGUAUUAUAGAUUGAAGAAGACAAGGAGGAGAGAGUUAGUUCGACGCGAGACUGGGUUAUUCUCCUCUGCCUCCCCCGCAUCCGCCAGUAGUUCCGCCACUAACUGGGUAUUAUACUUACCUACCUCUAACAAUAAUAUACAUGGUAUAGGUAUAAUUCAUUUGCCUUGUGGUAGCUGUGGCUGCUGGUGUGUGUUCAUUUGUCGCAAUCUAUUUUUGGGUGUCUCCUCUCCGUCGCCGACCUGUGCAUGUAUUACAACAAUAUACACACUCGCACAUAUUUGUAUCGUGCAAGCACAACUGCAAGCUCGAAAGCUCGGGCCUUUUUUUCCACCUAAUCGUCCGUCUCUCUCUCCUCUCUCUCGCAGCUGAAUUUACACCUGUGCAGACACUGCAGACUGCAGUUUGCCCACUACUUAUAUACCGUAGGAGGGGUAGUAACAGCAUUGCAGGAUAUAUAUUAUACUAGCAUCAGUGCCUAUUGUAUUGUAUGUAUACACCAGAAAUUUUCCGGGACCAGCUCUCCCCCUGUGUCUGUGUGCACCUCUGCAACGGGUGCAGCGACCGAAGAUGAAGUGAAGAAGAGAGCAGAAGACGUUAUUAUGCUCACGCGGUUCAGCCGCGACCCCGCGGGCUCCUAAAACCUAGCUCGGCGUCGUCUGCCCUCGGUCGUGCUUCUGCAGCGUUUCCCUGUGAUCUGCGUAUCCUGUGGUGACUAAUUCCCUUUAUGUUUAAAAGGGCAGAGAGCUCCCUUGCUUCUGAGAGAUGCACGGAUGAUCCGCAAGAGCUGUACGACAGUGGCAGCAGCAUCCCUUGGGACACCUGUUUUGGAGCCACUGCAAAAUAUCGCUGCAGCGAUCAAUGAAAAUGAUUGGCUCUCGAAUUCCUGACUGCUACUGUCAGAUUCAUUAUCUGCAGGGGAACGACGAAGGAUCAGACGUGGACUAUAACGAGUGUACGAGUACUGGUGAGCCAGGAAACAACAACAGUAGACUGUACACUGGUCUUGCUGGUGAGGAGGAGGAUGCCUUUGUCGAGAAAUGUCUGUACACUUGGAGUAAUAAAUGUUUGAGGAAAGACGGAGAUACUAGAUUAGACAUUGGAUCAGGGACCAAAAGUCACACGUCAGGCAAUUGGCAGGGCAAAGUAUCGAAUGUGAUCUCAGUGCAUGUUAUUACCAUGAUGAAUCUUUGGAAUGUGUUAUUUUCUAGUGGAAGAAAACAAAGCAGGGUGCAUCUUAACACCAUGUGUCCCAGUUUCAGUGUGAGAGUAUUUGUCGUUCUGGUGUGUCUAGUUCUAAUUUUACAGUCACUGCCUUCAGCGGAUGCUUCGGAGCCCUUGGGUAAUCCGUACAAAAUUCUGGGAGUUUCCAGACAUGCAACGCAAAAAGAUAUACGUAAAUCAUACAAGAACUUAGUCAAGGAAUGGCAUCCAGAUAAAACUGAUCACCCGGCAGCUGAGUCUAAAUUUGUCGAAAUAACAAAAGCUUAUGAGCUUCUAUCUGAUCCUGAAAGAAGACGAAAGUUUGAUAAUCAUGGAAUAACGGAAGAAGGUAUACCGAGAUACAAGAGAGAAGAAGGUCAUUUCAAUAUGCAUGAUCCGUUUGAAGAAUUUUUUUCUGGAAACUUUAAAUUCCAUUACCAAAGUCGAGACAUUUCUCUCUUCCAUAAAAUGAGCAUUACAUUCAGAGCGUACGAGAACAAUUUGUUACCGAAAAGCCACCGCACACCGUAUUUAAUACUUCUUUAUUCCGACUGGUGUUUCUCUUGUUUGCAAAUUGAGCCGACAUGGCAGCGUUUGAUCGAAGAACUCGAGCCUCUGGGUGUCAAUCUUGUGACAGUUGAUGCUGGAAGAGAAUCUGCUUUAGCCAGGAAAUUAAGCGUUCAUUCCUUACCUUGUCUUGCUGUCACCAUUAAUGGCAAGACUAGCAUGUUUAAAGAAUCCGUAUUUAGUGUGCAAAAAAUAGUUGAAUUCUUGAGGAGUAAAUUUCCGUAUAAGCUGAUCAAUAAUAUCAAUAACAAUAAUGUUGAUGGUUUUUUGUCUGGCUGGUCUGACAAUAAAAUCAGAGCAUUAAUCUUUGAAAACAGAGAAACGCCAAGGCUGCGGUAUUUAAUCGUUGCUUUACACCACAGGGACAGAGUUGUGUUUGGCUUUGUUCAGACUGGUAUCGAGAGCACAGCAGAGAUCACAAGCAAAUAUAAGAUAUCAGAAGAUAUGGAUACUCUACUGCUGUUCAAUGAAAAUUUGGAAACGCCGAUGGCAUCGAUCAGUAUGCACGAUAUUCCAAGCGACACGAUGCACAACGUCAUUGGAAGCAAUAAAUUUCUGAUUCUGCCAAGACUUUCGAAUCAAGCCAUGUUGGACUCUGUUUGCCCGCAAGAGUGGCAGAGAGUACAGAAACGCUUGUGUGCCAUUCUUGUAUCGCAAAAUACGCCCGAGCUAGAUACAACGCGAAAUAAAUUCCGACAAGCAGCCUUGGUGUCCCCUUACAGUCAAGAACGCGUGAGGUAUGCUUACGUCUUUAAGGAGAUGCAGCCUCAGUUUAUAUCGGCAUUGUCUGCUGGUGAAGGUAGCCCUUCGGAUCCACUGCAUCAUAUCGUGAUUAUUUGGCGAAGGGAUUCUAGUCACGUCAAGUACGAUUGGUUCUCGUCCGAAUGGACCACAGAGAAUAUCGACGACAACCAAUGGAAUGAAACUCGUCUUAGCUUGGAGCAAACGAUCCAGAGAUUAUUGAGAUCCACUGAAGCCUUACCAUAUGCUGCCACUAUUCAAGAACUCACGGACGAACAUGCUUUGAGUAUCUUGGAAAGAAUCGUUAACAAGGUCAUCAUGGCAGGAGAUUAUCUUGCUGAUAAUCUCAGCAAAGAACAAGUUCUUCCCUUACUUUCUGUUCUUGCAACCUUAUUAUUACUCGUUGCCGUAGGCUAUGGAAUGUCGUAUUUAGCUAAAUUAGAGGAAGCCAAGGUACAAGCAAAGUAUGGUCAAUUUAAGGAUAGCGUGCGGUCUGUUACUGCUACGCCCCAGUUAAAGUUGCAUGAGAUGCGAGCCGAAACGUUUAAUGGGCUGGUGCGGUUUUUAAAACCAGGAUGUCGAACUAUCGUUCUUUUGGUCGAUGCUCAGAGCAAAUUAAAACUGUUGCCAUCGUUUCACAAAGCUGUUUGGCCAUACAGGAAGAAUAAGACAUUGAUGUUCUGCCAUUUAUCUUUGGAACGUGGACUUGAAUGGUACAAGAAAAUAUUGCAACUCAGUUUACCAGAACCAAGAGAACUCAACAUUAAUGCCAAAAAUUGUGUGGGGACGGUUCUUUCGUUAGCUGGUCAUCGGAAAUAUUUUUGUAUGUACCAUGCAAAGCAUCCUGAAAACAGUAAAGGCAAAAGCAAUCGGCGAAUGGAAAGAAUGACUAAAAGAUUAGCACAACCAGACGAUGCUGAGGCUGGAGCAUUUAUUGGCUUUGACAGCUCAAGUGAUUCCGAAGCCUCUCACGAUGAUACGCACGAUGACAUUUUGUAUCAAGAUAAGCUAUUAGAUGGACUACCAAUGUGGUUAGAUAGACUAUUUGAAGGAUCUACGCAACGUUAUUACAUAAAUUACUGGCCAGACUUUACUGCAAAAUAAAAAAAAAGUGAGUUUAAGUCAAAAUGUGAGUAUUUGAUGAACAAAAAAAUGAAAUGACAGAGAACAUAAAAAAGUGAUUGAAUCAGAUAAAUAAAAAGAAUUAUGCUAGUCAUGACGUGCGUAUAAACUGCUGCUAAGAUAUUUGGUUCAAUUCACCAUUGUUUACACAGUGUUGUUUAUUGACAUUGUAAUUAUUAUUAUUAUUAUUAUUAUUAUUAUUAUUAUGAUAAUUGAUACUGCUGUCACUGUUAAUACGAUGACUGAGUAAUGUAUAUUAUUUUAAUGGUGUACAAAAUAGGUCAUUAUAAUUUAACGAAAUCUCUACGUACAACUACAAUUUGUUUUAAAUUUAAGCCUUUUAAAAACUUAUGUUUAUCAAUUCUGCGAAGGGUAUAUUUGUAAUUGAUACAGUUUUAUAAAGAAAAUGAAACUAGAAAUAUUGACCAUAGAUGAAUAAGUAAAUUAUAUUUCUAGUUCUAGCUUUAUAAAUUUUCCAUCCAACUAUCACGAUCCAAAGGCUCGUUCGCCAUUUGCAUGUAUUAUGAUAACUCACCAGGGAUCUGUAUAGUAGCUCAUAAAAUCAUUUUAAUGCCUUCAAUUUUUUUUUUUUUUUUUUAUGUUAGCAAAUGUGUAUUAUUUUAACAGUCGAUCGAUGCACUUUUAUUUAUUAUCUUCCAUGUAUUUUUUAUGUAAUAUAUUAUAAACAUAUUUAUUAACCGUUGCAUAUUGUACGCGAUGAUUGUGCAGAUAUUCAAAUAUGAUUCGAUCAUAAUCACGAAUAUAAAUAAGUAUUUAUGAGCUCUACUAAAUAAUCAUCUGCAAACUCAUCAAAGCCUUUUGAACUAGAGAAAACAAAUGUUUUAUGGAUUAAGUGAUUAUAAUAAAUGUUUAAAGAGAAAUAAAUAUUACAAAAAA